AUGGCAGAUAGCGACGAGGAGAAGACUUCGGAAGAGUAUUAUGAGGAAGGAUACAACUAUCUUCAAAAAGCUCUUCAAAGUUACCGAAAUUGCCAUGAAAUGGGUCACUCUUUAGGUGAAAGAGCUUUUGAUAUUAUUCGAGCUAUCCUAGAGGUUAUUCCUAAGAACUCAAAAACAGGAUUUUCAAGAUAUCUUCAGAAAGCAGAACAUGGUGAUACAGAAUCUCAGUUCUAUUUAGGUGUAAUGUAUGAAAAUGGCGAAGGAUGCAAUCAAAACUUUCAACAAGCUGCACAUUAUUACAAACUUGCUGCUGAUAAAGGCAUUGCCGCUGCCCAAAACUAUCUUGCAAUCAUGUAUCAGCUUGGAAAAGGUAUUGAGCAAAAUCUUCCAGAAGCAGCAAAGUAUUUCAGAAUGGCUGCAGAUCAAAAUCUUGCUGCAGCUCAGUUCUGCCUCGGUUUAAUGUACGAACAAGGCGAUGGUGUCGAACAAAAUCCAGAAGAAGCCGCAAGAUACUACCGUCUUGCUGCUGAUCAAGGAGAUGUCGAUGCACAAUGCAACCUUGCAGCUAUGCUUUACAAAGGUGCCGGAAUUCCUCAAAAUCUUCGAGAAGCCGCAAAAUAUUUCAAACGAGGUGCUGUUCAAAACGAUCCAGACUCGCAAUGCAACUACGCAACAAUGCUUCUCAAAGGAGAAGGUGUUAGACCUAACGUUGCUGAAGCUGCUCGUUACUUUAAAUCUGCUGCAGAUCAAGGUCUUCCAGAAGCUCAAUUCUGCUAUGGAUUAAUGCUUGAAACAGGUAAUGGCGAACGUUUAGAUUCAGAAGCCGCAAUUAGAUACUACAGAAAAGCUGCAGAUGCAGGACAUCCUCUUGCGCAAACAAACCUGGCCAAAAUGAUGAGAGUCGGAAGGGGCGCAAUGAAGAACCCUCAGGAAGCAGCAAACUUCUUCGAAAAAGCUUACAAGAGCAAUAAUAUCGAAGCUACAGCUUAUUUCGGCGAAAUGAAGUUUUUGGGCGAAGGAACAUCAAAGGAUGAGAAUCUUGGCAAGCAGCUGAUUCUCCAGGCCGCAGAACAAGGAGAACCAGCAGCUUUAAUUUGGCGUGGCGAAUUUAAGAUUGCUGAUAAGAAAAUUGAGGACGGAGUUAAAGAUAUCAGGGUUGCCGCUGAUGCUGGUCUGUCUAGAGGCUUGUUUGACCUUGGUUUCCUCAUGAUGAAAGGAAUCGGAGUCGAAAAAGACAUAAAAACAGGGGCAAACUUAAUCAAACAAUCAGCAGAUGCUCCUGAUAGUGGUCCUGACCAGUUUUAUGUUACUUCUGAACUUUUUGCCGCUGGAAUUGGAUUACCAGAAGAUGACAACGAAGCUGAUAGGUAUUCUAUUGCUGGCGAACGUUCAAAUGGUGUUCCAAUCGUUUAUGACUUUAUUUUAUCGAUGUAUCCCAAAGAACAGAAAACUCUCGAAGGAAUUAUCAGAUUACUUGUCGAAUGA